CUCGAACACAGCUGAGGGGAUCUAUUGAGGAUAGCACACCGGUAUUCCCAUCGUUUUUAUUUGUCGAUACUCUUUGUAUCAUUGCUUUUCAGUCUCUUUUCUGUCGCGUCUCCCAGGGCUCAGACCUCCUUCUCUCCGGACUCGAACUCUGCAUUAUGCCUACGUCAAUCUUUCCCAACGAACCGCUGCCCUGUUCCCAGUCUUGUCGAUGAAAGCAGGCUUUGCCUGGUCAUCUUGCAGCGAACCACCCGCAACAAAGCGCAUCAUGACAGUCCCAUUGACGGUACCAUCGACGGGGGAAAGAGCCGAGCUCUGUGGGUGUUACACUAGAAAGCGGGGUGCAUCUCAACCAAAGCACCAAACAUCUGAAAGCCACGGAACCGAGGAACCGUUUUCCAACCUCCUGCUGGUCAGUUUUCGGAGCUCAAACUUUACCAGUCUUGUCCGGGGUCGUGGGGAUGUCUAAGUCAGGAUUGUAGAUCCAGCGGAGCUGCUAAACGAUAGAGACAUACCAAGGUAUGGCGAACUAUCUCGAACACGAGAAUCAUCAAGUCAACUUUCACAUGAUAUCCCAAGAUCCCCAAACAAAUCUCUCUCGGAGGAUCCCAACGUUCACAAACGCGGAGUGCCUUAGUCUCGACGUCAGCAGGUGUUGGAGGUGUGGAGGCGGGCGCCACUUUGGGGAAAACGCUUGGAGAAUUCAACCCCCCUGUUCGCUCCGGAUUAUUAGUGCGGGGCCCCGCGAAAUCCGCUCGCAAAAUGCGGAGAAACGGGAGAGAAACUUGGACGUGCCUGGCCUGGCGGGAUGAAGCCCUCAUCAACUUCACCGCCCUUCGCCCUUCACGUCUGAUUGUGGUGCGGAACAUGAAAUACCGUCGCUCAUCUCGUCACUGGCCUCUCUCUGUUAACAACGAAAAACAUCCUUUCUUCCGACCCUGAAAACUCUUGGACAUUAUGAUAUGGCCGGUUGCCCGUCCCGGACCUUGACCGCGCCGAACAGCUGGAGCAGCCAGGGGCGGCAGGUUCAAGAGGUUCAGAUCAGCAAGACGCAUGUGAGUAUAGAUACCUGGACAGACUACGUACUGGACUAUCUUGACGGCGGUAACAAAAGUGUUCGCGGCGUGUGUGGGUUGGAGAAGCAUGGGGAAUCUGCACCGAUAGUAACACCUCGCCUACACCCGUCGUCUUCCCCAGGUAUUGAGCCUACUAUCGCAUCCAAUAUGUCGCCUGCGUCUUUGAAAAUAGGCAAAAUGCACUGCGUCUGGAGACCCAAGACUGUCUGCCUGCCGCCGCCGGUCGUGAGCCGAAUAUCGCCAGGUGGAUGAUAACUUCCCGGCCUCACUGGUGGUGUAUCCAUGAAAAAACAGCCCCUUCUCAGAGCGUGUGACACCUCUGAGAACACAGACCUCCUCUUUCCCCCACGGCUUGCUCGGCAUCCAGGGCCUGAGGGGUGCUCGUUGAUCAUAGGUUGAUGCCCAAGCUCAUGGGUUGAGAGAGAGAGAGAGAGAGAGCAAGAGAGAGAGAGAGAGGGGAAGCACGCUAACUACCGACCUAUGCAAUGGAGUCAACAUCACGCACAACACCAUCUCGGGACGGCCUGACCACAUUCCCCCUCUUCCCAUAGAUGAGAUGAUGCAUACAUCUCGGUGUUUAUUUCCGUCACGCGGCAAGCCUGAUCCGGGGAUGCGAUUAGGGUUAUCCGAAGCUGGACUCGUCAUAUGUCGUUGACUACCCAUGAUUUCAACAAGCCCAACAUGGCUAUUCAGCACCCACGGCCUGUUGCUCGGUUCGUUUGGAUUAUCAGGAGACAUUAGUCCUGCAAUGACCAGGGGUUUGCAAGUAUCUCUGGUUAAGACAGCUGGAUGAUCUCCGGACGAGGAGGGGAGAAGGCUUCGGCCGAUAACCUCAUCGGCCAUGAGCAUUUUGCUAAGCAAGAAAGAGCCAUGUGAAAAUGUCGCAGAGCCUCGGAUCGAAAUGUGAGCCUCAGGCUGAAAAAUAAAAAUAAAAAAAUACGCCGACGACGGUCCGUAACAGUGGGGGAUGAUAAAGCCACUGGACCUAUUCCCGCCGCGAACCUGAGAUUUCCUGUCUCAGGAGAUCAUCGAGGUCAUUUGGGCAUCUACACCUCCUACUCUGCAGGAAUCUUUUUGCAGCAAAAGCUGACAGGUAGUGAUCAUUUGGUGUAACACUCCCAAGUAACUUUACCUACACAUCGUGCUACCUUACUAACUUGGUAAGCUACCUUGACAGGUCAGACGUAACCAGAACAGAACCCCUUAGCUCUCGAGAAGGGGUUUUUGAUCGACUCCCCACAUGUCUGUUCAGGUCACCCGGGGCCUUCUGGCUGGUAGUAUCCGGCCUUAUUUCUUGCAUUCACCUUCGUCUCUAGCUGGGAAGUUCGGCCGGCCGAGCGAAUCAAAUGCUGCGGCCCGGACCAGGGGUUGUAGUUGACCCCUUCAUCUAGUUGAACGUUUCCCAUCAUAUCCAUUUCUUAACCCCAGACCAUUCGCUUCUUUCCGCAUUUUGCCGCGCCUUGUCUUGGGAAGUCCCGAGGAGACUGCAUCUGGAUCGAGACGGACCAACAUCACAGGACGCCUUUGAGCUCGCUCACCUGCCGUUAUUCCCAACACCCUCAGCCGUGAGGCAUGCCGUACUCGAGUGAGCUAUCGCUUUUUACCUCUGUUUCUAUCAUGAAGAAACAUGGAAACAUGCUCAGCAAUCGAAAAUGGCUUGUUCACGCGGGAGUAUCGAUUAUGUACUCGGGUAAUGCGGGCGGAGCAACCGACGACGGGCUGGAUCAUGGCCAGGAAUUCCGUCCAAUGAUUUGACUUCGUUCAUGCUCCCUCGAUGGAACAAGUGCCAGUAUCAAAGUUCCUCAGACAUCAAUCGACAGACUUAAUCGGGGUUGAAGGUUGUUUUUGGGAUAUACACCGGUAUGGCGCCCGCGUACGUGUUCAUUCGGGGUCGGGCGGUGGCCUGGCGGUAACCUCACAUCUCAGUUGAUGGCAGGACUGAAGCUUGGCUUGCCGGAGGUGAUGGUUACAUGAGACAGUCAUCGAGGGCUCUCGGGAACAAACUACACGGAAAAUCACAGACACAUGUUGCUUUUGCCCGGAACCGUGUGGCAUUGACUAGCGUCAUCACCAUCCAUCCAUGGCUGAGGUGGCUGGCCCCGAGGGCUUUGGUAUUGGAACACAACAUCGUCACUUUCUCCUCUUCCCCACCAUCUCAGAACCAUGCACGUGUGCGUUGGUGUUUUGUUUCACGGGCUCAGCAAGGCCAGGUUGUUGUGUCUUGUCCUGGCUCCCCGGAAUGCUGAAGGUAUGAUUACCCCUGAGACUGGCCAACCGGGGAAUGACGAGAAACAAGGUUUCACUUUUGUCAACCACGGCACUCAGCCUCUGCGGACACAUACAAAAGUCAGUCGGAAGUAAGGGCAGGACAGACUUUUCUUUUCCGCUUCUCCUCCACGCACCGGCGGACGAUAGGUGCUGUUGCUUGUCAUGCGUUCCAGCUCGUUGUUGGUGGCUGUUGCCACUGCUGCUUCGGCGGUGCAGGCUUUUUGGCUUGGAGAUAUUCCUCAUCGAGGCAUUGCGCCGUUUGCUCAGCCAAACUAUCCAGUCUUCCGCAAUGUGAGGGACUAUGGCGCCAGGGGUGAUGGAAUAACUGACGAUACUGCUGCUAUCAAUGCUGCCAUCAAUGCUGGGAAUCCUUGCAACAGGGGAUGUGCAUCCACUACCACAACUCCUGCAAUCGUUUACUUCCCGGCAGGCACCUACCUCAUCUCUUCCUCGAUCCUGCCAGCGUACUUCACCCAUCUUGUCGGCGAUGCUUCCGCUCCACCUACCCUCAAGGCCACGGCCAACUUCCAGGGGUUCGGGCUGAUCGACGGCAACCCGUACUACACCGAGGUUCUCAACUGGAAGGCGGUCAAUGUCUUCUUCCGCCAGGUCCGUAACUUUGUCAUCGACACCACUGCCAUCGCCCCGGGGAGGGCAGCAACAGGCAUGCACUGGCCUACCUCUCAGGCGACCAGUCUGCAGAACAUCGUGUUCAACAUGCCAUCCACGCCCGACGUCGUCCACGUUGGUCUGUUUAUCGAGGAGGGUAGCGGAGGCAUGAUGGCCGAUCUCACUUUCAACGGCGGCGCUACCGGUGCCAGCAUGGGCAACCAGCAAUACACGAUGCGGAACAUGAAAUUCAACAAUUGCAAGACGGCCAUCAUCCAGAUCUGGAACUGGGGCUGGACAUACCAUGGGCUGUCCAUAAACAACUGCGGUGUCGGUCUUGACCUUUCUGCCGGCGGUCCAAGCAACAUCAACGUUGGCUCCGUCACCCUCUUUGACAGCACCUUCAGCAACACCCCGGUCGCCAUCAAGACGGCCUGGACACCCUCCGCCAACCCCCCAACUGGGGGGAGUCUCGUCAUCGAGAACAUCCAACUCAACAACGUCGCCGUCGCAGUCCAAGGCCCAAGCGGGACCAUGCUCGGCGGCACAUCAGGCUCAACCACGAUCCCAGCCUGGGCCCUAGGCCACCUCCUCGACCGCGGCACCAACGCCCCCCGUUUCUCGGGACCGAUCAACCCCAACCCACGCCCUGCCUCCCUCCUGACCUCCGACGGGCGGUACUACGUCCGGUCCAAACCCCAAUACGAAUCCGUCCCCGCCUCGUCGUUCCUCUCGGUCCGCGCCUUUGGCGCCAGAGGCGACGCGGCAGCCGACGACACAUCCGCUCUCCAAAACGCAAUCAACACGGCUGUUGCCCAAAACAAGAUUUUGCUUCUCGACCACGGCCUCUACCGCGUCACUUCCACCAUCGUCAUCCCUCCUUCUGCCAAGAUCGUCGGGGAGGCCUACCCUGUUAUUUUAUCUUCUGGUGGUUACUUUAACGACAUGAGCAACCCCCGGCCCGUUGUUCAGGUGGGGACGACGUCUGGUCAGCAGGGGUAUGUCGAGCUGAGUGAUUUCAUCGUCGCCACGCAGAAUGCGCAGGCUGGGGCGAUUUGCAUAGAGUAUAACCUUGCCACCAACGGGGGCCAGCCGAGUGGCAUAUGGGAUGUGCACGUGCGGAUUGGAGGGUUUACGGGCACACAGCAGCAGAUUGGGCAGUGUUUGAAGAAGCCGGGGAAUGGGAGUGUCGAUCGGAACUGUGUUGUGGCGUUCAUGGCGAUGCAUGUCACCAAGGGGGCGAGGGGGUUGUACAUGGAGAAUGUUUGGCUGUGGACGGCGGAUCACGAUAUCGAUGAGCAGUUGAACACUCAGAUUACGAUUUAUACUGGUCGUGGACUACUAAUCGAAUCCACCACCGGCCCCCUUUGGCUCUGGGGGACAGGCUCAGAACAUCACGUCCUCUACCAAUACCAGCUCACCUCCACCUCGGACAUCUUCCUCGGCCAGAUCCAGACCGAGUCGCCCUAUUUCGCUCCCGUUCCCAACUCCCUUGUUCCGUUCCCGCCCGUGGCGAAGUACUCCGACCCCGACUACCGCGCUCAGUGUGUGGGGAUCGCGGGGAACUGCCCGGCGGCGUGGGGAUUGAGGGUGAUGAGCAGUAGGAAUGUGUUGGUUUACGGAGCGGGGUUGUAUUCUUUCUUUGAUAAUUACUCCACGGCUUGCAGCACGUUUGAUGCGGGGCAGACGUGCCAGCAGAGGAUCACGAGCGUGGAGGGGAGGGCGGAGAAUGUGGCGGUUUAUAACCUCAACACGAUCGGGACGAGGGAGAUGGUGACGAGGGAUGGGGGGAUGGUGGGGGGCAGUGGGUGGGCGGAGAACAGGAACACUUUUGCGAGUAAUGUUGGGGUUUAUAGGGCUUAGUUUGCAUAGAGAUCAUGUAGGGGGGGGGUUAGGGGUCGAGGGGUUGGUCAAGGGAGGUAGAUUUUCAACGCUGGAGCUGGGUGUGGGAGGUAAGUUUGAUGAUGCUGGAGUUGGAUGACAUAAAUUGGAAUACAUCAUGCUGACUUUUCCCA